AUUUUUUAUAUGUUUUUAAUCUUUUGGGAUUUUACCCCCUGUCCAAAUUGCAUCGAACGUUGAACAGCAGCUACACCGGAAACAGGCGAAGUCCCCCACCUCGAGAAUCCAUGAUUCUCUGAAGAAUAAGUUUCAAGAAUUGUGUUUUGGGAGGACAUGGGUGGAGAUGGGUUUCUUUCCCUUUGGAGGUUUGUCGUGCUUCUUCAGUUGAUCAGUGGUGUUCUUGGUUGGGGAAAGGAAGGUCACUAUGCAAUUUGCAGGAUAGCAGAGGAGUAUCUAACUGACGAUGCCAAGGCUGCAGUAAAACGGUUGCUUCCUGAUUAUGCUGGAGGCGAUCUUGCAUCUCUUUGCUCCUGGGCCGAUCAGAUUCGCUUCCACUAUCACUGGAGUGGUGCUUUGCACUAUGUUGACACACCAGAUUUCAAGUGUAACUAUGAAUACUGCAGAGAUUGCCAUGACUCUUCCGGGCACAAAGAUAUGUGCGUUACUGGGGCAAUCUACAAUUAUACAAGGCAACUCGAAUCAGCUGGCAACUCCUAUGCAAUAACAAAUUACAAUUUAACAGAAGCGCUUCUUUUCUUAUCACAUUUUGUUGGGGACAUCCAUCAGCCCCUCCACGUUGGUUUCACGGGAGAUUUAGGUGGAAAUACAAUAAUUGUUCGUUGGUACCGGAGGAAGACUAAUUUACACCAUGUGUGGGACAACAUGAUUAUUGAUUCCGCAUUGAAAACAUUCUAUCAGUCUGAUCUUUCUCAGAUGAUUCAAGCCAUUCAGAGAAAUAUCACGGAUGGCUGGUCCAAUGAUGUACCAUCUUGGGGAGAUUGUGCAGCUAACAAUACAGUUUGUCCUGAUCCUUACGCUUCUGAAAGCGUCAAGUUGGCAUGUAAAUACGCAUACAGGAAUGCCACGCCAGGAAGUACUCUAACAGACGACUACUUCCUCUCUAGGCUGCCCAUCGUGGAGAAGAGACUAGCUCAAGCUGGGGUCCGAUUGGCGGCGAUCCUCAACCGGGUUUUCGCUUCUUCAAAUCAAACUGCACUUGAAUGAAAGACGAUUGGAGUACACCAACUAUUUCUUAAGCUUACGGCGUGGGGACCAGAUAAUUCAGCUCAGCCACAUGGAUGAUCUACAAUGCCGAAUUGUCUACCUAUAUUCUCUUCUUCUGUCAUCCUUUAAAGGCAAAAAAUAAUUGCACACUCUGGCCACCUAAUCCUCUCACUCCUAUUUUAUAUGUUGAUUCUAUGUAUAUCCCAGAAUAUGCCCCAAUCUCUUGCAUCUCAUGUUAGUCAAACUUUUGGUUAAAGCAAAAAACAGUUACAAGUGCUAGCGUGCAAGCAAUGGAACCGUUCUCAUAAGUUGUGUAUGCACAUCUUAUUGUUGUUCUUUUGAUCA